AUGGCGUAUACUGAAGCAGAAAGGCUAAGACUAGAUCAGUUGGUUGGCCAAUGGCUAGAUGUGGACGUAAACUCGGAGUCACGCCGGGAAAUACUGGAUUUACAGAAGAACGGAGACUAUGAUAAGCUUGACUCGAAGUUGAGUAAACGAAUUGCAUUUGGUACUGCCGGGUUAAGAUCUUCAAUGGAAUCAGGAUUCUCACAUAUGAAUGAUGUUACUAUAGUGCAAGCCUCGCAGGGGUUAGUCAAGUAUUUGCUGAAAGAGAAUAAGAAGCGGUCUUCGAUUGUAGUUGGGUAUGAUCAUAGGUUUCAUUCCCAAAGGUUUGCUGAAAUAACCGCCAGUGUCGCUCUUAGUCAGGGCUUGGUGGUAUAUUAUUUGGGAAGCGUUGAUAAUUUAUCUAAAGAGUCUUUAGAUACUUCUGCAACCAAGCCGUUGGAAACGGUUGACAGCGAGGAUAGGCUGUACGUUCAUACUCCAAUGGUUCCGUUUGCAAUUGAUCAUUUUGAAGCGUCUGCAGGAGUUAUGGUUACUGCAUCUCAUAAUCCGGCCAAGGAUAACGGAUAUAAGGUUUACUAUGGGAACGGAUGCCAAAUUAUCCCUCCUCAUGAUGAUGGAAUUGCCCAGCUGAUAAGCGAGAAUUUAAAGCCUUGGUUAGAGGAUGAAGUUUGGGACAUUGUUAAGAAUUUUAGAAAGGGAUUAGAAAAUGGGAGCUUGAGGUCAAUCAAGGAAGAAGCAACCCAAGAGUAUGUAAAACUGGUCAAGGAGAAACUCCUUGUGAGAGACGAAAUCAGCUUCCCAUUUGUGUAUACGCCAAUGCAUGGGAUUGGAUUAGAAAUAUUUGAAAAAAUAGUGGAUCAAUUCAAAGGAACCGAUAUGACUGUUGUUCCCGAACAGAUUGAACCAGAUCCCACGUUCAAGACGGUCAAAUUCCCAAAUCCAGAAGAGAAGGGAGCCCUUGAUUUAGCAAUAGCUACUGCAGAGAAAAACGGUAUUAAGUUGGUGGUUGCCACUGACCCCGAUGCGGAUAGAUUCAGCGUUGCAAUUAAAUGUGACAGCUCAUGGAGACAAUUGACCGGGAAUGAAAUUGGAUUUUUGUUUGCCAUGUAUGUUUUAGAAGAAUUGCAACCAAAGGAGUUAUUCUCCAAAACAUACAUUUUAAAUUCGACGGUGUCGCUGCAAGUGUUAGCCUCAAUGGCCCAAGCGGAAGGAAUCAAGUUCCAGGAUACUUUGACUGGGUUCAAAUGGAUUGGUAAUAAGGCCAUAGAUUUGAAAAAAGAAGGAUACAGUGUACCAUUUGGAUACGAAGAAGCAAUUGGGUUCAUGUUUGAUGUGGUCAAUGAUAAAGAUGGGAUUUCUGCUGCGGCAGUCUGGUUACAAUUAUACGAAAGAUGGUUUGCCAGUGGAGAAUUGACCCCCGUUGACAAGUUGAAAGCAGGGUACGACAAGUAUGGAUGGUUCAAAGAAGCCAAUGGGUACUAUAAAUUGGAUGAUUUAAGUAAAACGGACAAGAUAUUCAAUACCACAAUUAGAAAGCUGUAUGACGGAUCAAAUUACCCAGAAACUUUGGGAGUGUUCAAAGUCAAAGAAUGGAGAGACCUCACCAUUGGGUAUGAAUCAGUUACUGCGAAUGGUAAGCCAAUCUUACCUGUUGAUCCUAAGCUGCAGAUGAUCACGGCAGUCUUAAACCCCGGCGACUCUGAUAACGAGCAAGACCAGGUUAGAUUCACUGCUCGUGGUUCGGGAACUGAGCCCAAAAUAAAAAUCUACAUCGAAGGAAAAAGUAAUACGGAAGAAAAGGCUCAUGACUUGGCCUAUCUUUGUUGGAAAGUAUUGAAAGAAGAAUGGUUCAAACCAGAUGAAAAUGGGUUACAAGAAGUCAUAUAG